UGUGCAUGAAUGACCUGGGUGGGUAUGGUUAUUCCUCUCCUGAAAGUGUGUCCCAGUCCGGCCUUGAAAAUCAUUUGUGUGUGUCGAAUGCGGGCAUCCGCGCGUACCCGCGUUGAGAAGCUGUGCGGACGCGUGCGCGCGCAAGACGGACGCAGACGCGGAAAUAAAGUACCCCGGGCUUUCCGGCACACUUGUCUAGGGAAACUUGUUGAAGUGUCAUCGAUGCAAACGGGUAUAGAAUACGUGAUUAUUGGGACUACACUGACCCUGGUUCUCCUGGCCAUGUCGGUUAUGCUGUCCAAAUCCUCAACGGAUGCAGGAAAAACCUAUAACUAUGACCUCUCCAAAAAGUCAGAUUUGACCAAGCUGUACAACUCCAAAGUCUUUAAGGCAGAGAGAAUGACCAGACCUCUCAAGGGGUUGUCCUUUCAGUUAAGCAAACUCAGCCACUCUGGAGUCAGAGUUACUCUUGAAGAUGGCACUACUUGGCUGGUCCAUAAAGGAGAUGGUUAUGGGAUCUCAUCCCAAACUGUUGUUGUGAAUGCCCGUCACAUGAGCAAUACAUGGAAGAUUGUUGAGACAAAGAAUUUUGGUGGCAGCAAGACUGUUUCUGAUUUUGUGAAAGCUGGAGGAACAGAUUACACACUUCUCUUCGAUAAUUGCCAUGAUGCAUCUGGCCGGAUGAUGCAAGACUGAAUUCAAAUUUGUACAUUUGCUUCAUGUUGUAAAGAAAGAGUAUCCCUCCAGUACUUAUUUGUUACAUGAUUUGCAAUUAUAUUUCUUACAUAUUUUUCCUUAUUAAUGUAUUAUAUAUUUUUCUAAGUGUGUUAUUUCAUAUCUUUACAAUAUUUUGAAAUAAACAUAAAUCAUAAGUUUUGUAAGUAAAACUGCAUAUGGUGACGAAUGUGAAAUAAGGUAGACGUCCACCCCUGUUAGGUAGAGGUUACAAUGUGUAUUUGCUGAUAAAUUGUAAUUUACUUUGGAUAUCUAGAGUUUAGAAUUUAAUAAUGCAUUAUUUGUGUUAUAUAUUACAGUAUAUUAUGUAACAUUUGCUGCUGUAGUUGUUUCAAAGUAAAAAAAAAACCCUAUAAUUAAAGCCUAUUUUUGCCUACAUAGCUCCCUAUAGGGAAUGUUAAUGUACGUCACCGCAGUGUUGCAUUAUGGGACGUGGGCGCCAUGUUUAGAGGCACCGCCGACCGCUAUGCCAUUUAAUUGUGAGUGUGUUAAGCUAAAACUAGGUAAACUUGAAGAAGAACCGAAGAAAUUGAGGAGUUUAAAAGAAAAAGAGAAGGGACCCUAUCGGGAGAAACUAAGUGCUACUGCCAAAAAACUUUAUUUGGACAAAUAAACAACAGAUCCAUAGGAUUUAGCAGCCCAUGACUGGAUUACGGAUCCAGACGCACUACCUCCGCUCACAUAUCUGUUAUUAUUACCUUGUUUUUGGAUUGAGUGCAUACACUUUGCAGGAGUUUAAGAGCUAUAAAUCCCUACAAGCUCAUAGUAAGAUGACAUUCUUCUUUCGGAGUUUUAUGACGGUUGGCAAACCAGCUAAAAGAAAUAUCCCAUUUACUUACAA